GGACAUCAGCCGCCUGUACUGUCACGUUCAUGUGAAUUAGCACUCUCACAUUGCGGAGUUUACCGGCGGAUCGCGCAACCAGUGUGGUGAGAUGGAUGAUGGGAAGCCGGUGUGGGCGCCUCACCCUGUUGAUGGGUUCCAGCUGGGCACGAUUGUGGACAUUGGAGCUGACAGCCUUACCAUCCAGCCCCUGACGGAAAGAGGAAAGACUUUUCUUGCUUCGGUUAGUCAGGUGUUCCCUGCUGAGGACGAUGUCAACAAACAUGUUGAUGACAACUGCUCGCUGAUGUACCUGAAUGAGGCCACGCUGCUAAACAACGUCCGUGUGCGCUACAGUAAAGACAAAAUUUAUACCUACGUAGCCAACAUCCUGAUUGCAGUGAACCCCUAUUAUGACAUCCCAAAGCUCUACGCUCCUGAAACCAUUAAGCAGUACCAGGGCAGGUCGCUGGGCACGCUCCCCCCACACGUCUACGCCAUCGCUGAUAAGACCUAUCGGGACAUGAAGGUGCUAAAAAUGAGUCAAUCUAUCAUCGUCUCUGGGGAAUCCGGGGCAGGAAAGACGGAAAACACCAAGUUUGUUCUGCGGUAUUUAACCACGUCAUAUGGGACAGGUCAAGACAUCGAUGAGAGGAUAGUGGAAGCAAAUCCUCUCCUGGAGGCGUUUGGAAAUGCAAAAACUGUCCGAAACAACAACAGCAGCCGUUUUGGCAAGUUUGUGGAGAUCCACUUUAAUGAAAAGAAUGCUGUGGUUGGAGGUUUCGUAUCUCACUACCUUCUGGAGAAAUCACGUAUCUGCACUCAGGGUCAGGAGGAGAGGAACUACCACGUCUUCUACAGGCUGUGUGCUGGAGCGCCUGAAGAAAUCCGAGAGAAAUUCCACCUCACCUCACCAGACUGCUUCAGGUAUCUAAACCGGGGAUGCACUCGCUACUUUGCCAACAGGGACACAGACAAACAGAUCCUGCAAAACCGCAAGAGCCCGGAGCACCAGAAGGUAGGACCUUUGAAGGACCCUUUGCUGGAUGAUCAGGGUGACUACAAGCGCAUGGAGGUGGCUAUGAAGAAGAUCGGCCUGAAGGAUGAUGAAAAGCUGGACAUGUUCAGGGUGGUGGCUGGCGUUCUCCAUCUAGGCAACGUUGACUUUGAAGAGGCUGGCAGCACUUCAGGUGGCUGUGUGAUUAAGAAGAAUUCGAGUAAAGCUCUGGAGCACUGCGCUGAACUGCUGGGUUUGGGCGAAGACGAUCUGCGAAUCAGUCUCACCACCAGAGUGAUGAACACAUCAGCAGGAGGCGCUAAGGACUCAGUCAUCAAGGUUCCUCUGAAGGUGGAGCAGGCCAGUAAUGCUCGUGAUGCCCUGGCGAAAGCUGUUUACAGUCGACUCUUCGAUCAUGUGGUCACCAGAGUUAAUCAGUGCUUCCCCUUCGACUCCUCGGCUAAUUUUAUUGGCGUGCUGGACAUCGCCGGCUUCGAGUAUUUCGAGCACAACAGUUUCGAGCAGUUCUGCAUCAACUACUGUAAUGAGAAGCUGCAGCAGUUCUUCAAUGAGCGCAUUCUCAAAGAGGAGCAGGAGCUGUACCAGAAAGAAGGUUUGGGAGUGAACGAGGUGAAAUACGUCGACAAUCAGGACUGCAUAGACCUAGUGGAGGCAAAGCUAGUGGGUAUCCUGGACAUUCUGGAUGAAGAGAACCGUCUACCUCAGCCAAGCGACCAGCACUUUACCGACACUGUCCAUAGCAAGCACAAAAAUCACUUUCGUCUGAGUGUUCCCAGAAAGUCAAAGCUGACGGUGCACAGGAACGUGAGGGAUGAUGAAGGAUUUAUCAUUAGACAUUUCGCCGGCGCAGUGUGUUACGAGACGAACCGCUUCACGGAGAAGAACAACGACGCUCUGCACUUGUCCCUAGGGUGUCUCAUUAGUGAAUCAAAGGAUCAGUUUAUACGAGAGCUCUUCGAGAACUCCAACAACUCCAAAGAUGUUAAGCAGAAGACGGGCAAGCUCAGCUUCAUCAGCGUGGGCAACAAAUUCAAGACCCAGCUGAACAUCCUGCUAGAAAAGCUCCGUAGCACGGGCUCCAGUUUCAUCCGCUGUGUUAAGCCUAACUUGAAGAUGGUCAGCCACCUGUUUGAAGGUGCUCAGAUCCUCUCGCAGCUCCAAUGCUCAGGGAUGGUGUCAGUACUGGACCUGAUGCAGGGUGGCUUCCCAUCCCGUGCACCCUUCCAUGAGCUUUACAACAUGUACAAGCAGUACAUGCCGCCCAAGCUGACACGACUGGACCCUCGUCUUUUUUGCAAGGCUUUGUUCAAAGCUUUGGGUCUGAAUGACAAAGACUACAAGUUUGGCCUCACUCGAGUUUUCUUCAGACCAGGAAAGUUUGCGGAGUUCGAUCAGAUCAUGAAGUCGGAUCCGGAUCACCUGGAAGAGCUGGUGCAAAAGGUCAACAAGUGGCUGAUCUGCAGCCGUUGGAAGAAGGUGCAGUGGUGUGCGCUGUCCGUCAUUAAACUGAAAAAUAAGAUUCUUUGUAGAGCCUCCGCCUGUGUGAAGAUGCAGAAGACUGUACGCAUGUGGCUUUGCAAGAGAAAACACAGACCUCGCAUCGAGGGCCUGGUGAAGCUGAGUAACCUGAAGAAGCGCAUUGCCAAGCUAAACGAGGCCGUGUCCGGGCUUAAAGAGAGCAAACAAGAGAUGAGCAAGCAGAUCCAGGAACUGGACACCUCAAUCAAUGCGGUCAUGCUCAAGAUCAAGACCACUGUAAUGAAUCGUAUAGACAUGGACCAUGAGCAUCAGGCGCUGGUGACGCGCUCCGAGAAGCUUCUCGGCACCAUGCAGAAGCAGAAGCAGGAGGAGGAGGAACAGGAGAGACUGCGACGUAUUCAGGAGGAAAUGCAAAAGGAAAAGCAGAAAAUAGAGGAAGAGGAGCAGCGCCGCAAACAAGCCGAAGAGGAGAGACGCCUAAAAGCAGAGAUGGAGCUGAAGAGGAAGCAGGAGGAAGAGGGGAGAAAGAGGCAGGAGGAAGAGGAGAGGCGAAUACAGGAGGAGAUGGAGAGGCAGCUGGAGGCAGAGAAAGAGGAAGACGCAGCUCGGGAAACACUUCUCCAGCAGGAGAGGCGGGAUCGAGAGCUGGCUCUGAGAAUCGCCCAGAGCGAGGCUGAGCUCAUUCAGGAGGAGGGAGAUGCUGCACGCAGUAAUGGCAGUGUCCCAUCAUCCCCCGAGAGAGCAGCUUUUCCUCAACCCCAGAAACUCAAGGGCUUGACCAUGGAGGAAAUGGCUCGGGAAAUGUCCGAACUUCUGGCUAGGGGUCAACAGCAACAAGCCACAAAAGCUGUGACCAAUACCAAGAAGCAUGACCUCAGCAAGUGGAAGUACGCCGAGCUCCGAGAUGUCAUCAACACCUCCUGCGAUAUUGAGCUGUUGGAAUCAUGUCGAGUGGAGUUUCACCGCAGGCUGAAGGUCUACCAUGCCUGGAAAUCAAAGAACAAAAAGCGCAACACUGAGGGAGAACAGAGAACUCCUAAAUCUGUCACGGACUACGGUCAUACACGACAUGCAUUACAUUUCUCCAAGUCUCACGUGCCACCUAAGAUCCCAGUUCAGCAGUACGAAAUCCUGGCACACCGUCCACAGCGCUACUUCCGCAUCCCCUUCGUCCGGCCAAGCGAUCAGUACAAAGAUCCAGAGAAUACAAAGAAGGGAUGGUGGUACUCCCACUUCGAUGGGCCGUGGAUCGCCAGGCAGAUGGAGCUGCACCCCGAAAAACAGCCUAUUCUACUGGUGGCAGGUAAGGACGAUAUGGAGAUGUGUGAGCUGAAUUUGGAUGAGACAGGUCUGACCCGGAAGCGUGGGGCGGAGAUUCUCCCCCGCCAGUUUGAGGAGAUCUGGGAGCGCUGCGGAGGUGUCCAAUAUCUGAGGGCCGCCAUCGAGAACCACCAGGCACGACCUACCUAUGCCACAGCCAUGCUGGAGAACACACCCAAGUAGAGGCGCAUACGAUCAACCUUUAUGUCGCACCAAUGCUGCCAUGCUGCGAGUCAAAUAGACACACACACACACUUCUACAAACACUCAACAUUCCUCAUGUGCUUGUUUGGCUGGUACUUAUAGUUGAAGUUAAAAGUCUGCAUACUUUUGUGUCAUGCAGUCUUUGCAGUUAAAUGAUUUCUGCACCUUUUUGCAGAAUAAAUACUUUCACAGAGUCUCAUACAUUUAUGAAAGGUUUAUUACAACUAUACUGGUCAAAAGUAUACAUUUAACUUAAAUUAUUAAUUAAAUGAUGUAGAAAGUUCUAUAAUGUCAGGUAUCUUUGUGGCAUAACCUCUAACAUCCUAUUCCUCAUGACUUUUCUGUGCCCAUAUACCUACGGUAUGUACCUGCACUCAUAAUCAAGCACAAAAGCAGUGAUCCUUGGGCCAAGGUCAGGAAGUAAACCCAGUUACCUUAUACUAUGGUCAAAAUACAGGACAGUCAUAAAUUAGAACCUGCUAGAACACAAGUUACACUGUCCACAGUCCAGCGAGCUUUAUAUACAUGUGCUUAGAGUCUGCCACACAAGUAAACAAACCUGUGCUAGAAAACUCAAUGUUGUUAUUGAUCACACAGACUAUAAAAAGCACAAGCAGAAGUUAUCAUGCAUGGAAUCAACUUAAACCAUGGUGAAUAAAAGCUUGCUUGACUGCAACCAGUAUCACCAAUUUUCCGGCAGCUUUUCAACUCUGCCAGACCUGUUUUUGAUGGUUUGUGGAUUAUAUGAUCACAUGGACAAACAUCCUAGAGUGAGUUGUUUUUUUCACCUUGGUAUGAGACCAUUACUCAUGGUCUAGUACUGUUGCCCGAACCUAGUAAAGCACACAGUUAAACUAGCCCUAUUUAUACAGACACAGAUACUUCACCAUUUAUAGUCCUCUAUAAUUAAUAAUGAAUUAUGAGAACAUGCCACAAAGUAAAAUGACAUUAUGGAAGUUUGGAAUUGGUUGAUUUAUGUUUCACUCAUUCAGUCAGACAAAAUGAACUUUGUGAUUCCAAGACUGCAAUGACAUACACAUUCCAUACGAGUGUAUGUCAACUUUUGACUUACACCUUACUGAACUACUGACACACCAGAGUAGACACACUGUAUGAAUACACACACACACACACACACAUCUACACACACCUACACAAUCUUACUCCACUGCCAGCCCAUAAACACAAACACACACAUACAUAGUCUUGUUUCUUUUUUUGUUUUGUUUUAGAUUGAAGGGAAUUCACAUUUAGCACUUUUUUUUCUCGAACUCGGUAAAUUAUUUCUUCCUUUUAUUUCAAUUAGAUUUUUUCCUUUGCUUGCUUUCGUUUAUUUAUGUGAUUUCUAAAUGAAUGUGAUUUACAGUGAAUAUUUUUCUUCAGAACGUCUAUAACUGCAAGUAAGAGGCCUUAAUAUCUAAAUGUCAGGGUGAUUCUUUCUAAGAUGCAUCUAAAUAUGCUAUUUUUGUAUAAUAAUGGAUAAAUAUUGAUAAAGAAGUGUUAAUAAUUCACUUGUUCUAUAUUUGUGUGUCAUCCUAACUUUGUCAACACUUCAUUUUUUUUACAUAUAGUUGUUUAAAGCUGCUGUAUGCAACUAUUACUACUUUAAAUAUAUGUAUGGGCGGCAUCGUUUAUCUGAUCUACAUGGAAACGUGUACUAUGCUGAGCACUCAUGAAUGGUACACCUCACGUCGUUCUGGCCAGCUACGGUUGCCAGAUUUUAGUCGUGGCAAACCGAAUACGAAUGUAGCUGUCAUGAAUGCAUCCCUAAGUACUGUACAGUUCUGGAUUUGAGUUUGAAUUCGUAUGCAAGGUAAGGAGGUACGUUCAUGAAAUAACCAGGCUGGCUUUCUUUUGUUUGAUUUGUGCAGCGUCUGCUUUGUAGGUCUGCGCAUCGAGUUUGAGUUGCCAAAUCAGUUCAGGCCAGUUGAGAAAUGACUCAGGAGAGGGUAUUGGGUUUAUUUUUAUGUGAGAGAUCUGUGGUUAUUAUACACAAGUGACACUCCGAAUUAUGCAAUCCAGAUUUUAAAGAUAGACUACAGAUAGGAAACAGUACUUUUAGCAUUUAAUCUUGUUUAGAUUGUAGUUUAGAAGGUAAAUUAGGAAGGAUGUGUUGUAUCUAGGGUAUAUAGUAUGGUUUGCUCUUUUAAGGCUAUAAAUAGGAAUUAAAACAAGUAGAACUUGGGUUCUAGGUGCUUUCUAUAAACCUACUAGACUAGAUGAGUCUGUUUGCUAAAUUGAAUUAACCUAUUAAAAUGUGCUUACAAAUGUAUUACCAGGCCAUUCACCAUCAUUAGAUUUCCUCUUUAGGAAGGUGCAGCAGCUGGAUAAAAAAAUACUACAAAAUAUUUCUACCCAGGUUGCUUUCAAUAGCAUGUUUGUACCAGGGAGGUCUCCCUCUGAAUUCCAUUCUUCCUUAAGUUACAUCCUGCAGCUUUAAAUGAAAAGUUCUGUGACUGUUCUGUUUUAAAAUGUUACAACUGGAACUAUUCUUUUCUAUGUUCAUUUUUACCACCAUGCACACAAUAUCACUUACAAUAAUGCUAAAUGAUUUAAGUUGUUUGUUAGUUGAUUAUUUGCAUGCUAAUAAUAUUCAUCAAAUGUUUACACUAAAGCGAAGUGUCGAGGUGAAAACACUGGUAGUUCAGGACUAAACCUUAAGAGAUGCACUAUAUUUUUCAGAGCAGUUUUUCUAACAUUCCUAAAUGCUCUUCCACAUUCUACUGAAUGUACAGAAUAGAACCAGUUAUAAAAUAAACUGCUCAAACACAAACUUGACACUACUUAUUUUAAAUUAGUUUUCAUUAAUUAAAAUCGCUUAUAUUCUUGUUUUUUGUUGUUGUACUGCACAAAGCAUACAUACACAUUUAUUUUUCUUCAUAGUCUAAAUUAUACAUUCUGUUCAUCUCAUCAAAUCUACUGUAAAGAAUUUAUGCAAUAAUUGAUUAACCAUAAUUUUUAAAUUGUGUGAAACUGAUUUUGUGUGUGUUUGGUUAUUGUUGGACCAAAUAUGUAUUCUAGCAAAUAACUGAUGACUCUGGGGGGGGAUCCGACUGUGUGCAUGACCUCACCAACCGAAAUAAAGUUGUUGGUUUUCUUCCCA